AUGGCCACUCGGCUGGAUUUGAUCCAUAAAGUUGAAGGGAUAGAGCAAGCAGAAAAUUACUUUAAUAACAUUCCAAUUCAGUUAGGGGGCCAUGAGGUUUAUUCCACUCUUCUCAACUGCUAUUUGAAUGAAAAAUCUUUGGAGAAAGCAGAGGCUACCAUGCAGAAAAUGCGGGAUUUGGGGUUGGCUAAAUAUGCUCUGGUUUACAAUACUUUGCUCAAGCUUUAUUAUCAAAAUGAAAAUUACGAGAAACUUGACAGUUUGAUGCAUGAAACGGAAGAAAAAGGCAUUGGUUGUGACAAAGUUAUAUUCAGCAUCCGUCUUAGUGCCUAUGCAGCAACUUCUGAUGUUAGGAUAUUUGAAAAAGUGUUUUAA